AUGGAGAAGGAUAAAGCGUCACAUGCGAGCCCAAGCAUUGGAGUGAACGACUUUGUCGCUCAAGGGGAGAUAUCCAUAGAUGAUUCCGAAAGAUCCAUCAAGAGUAUUAGUGUCAGCAUUAGUGAUGAUGAGGACAGUAAGACAGGUGUUCAAGAUAAUAUAGUCACGCCGCCCGCAAGGUCUGUAUUUCAAACAGAUUUGGCCAUUGACAAUAAGCUACUAGAUAAAGAUUCAAAGUACAGAAAGCUUUUCACUGAAAAAAGAAGACGUCGAAGGUCAGAAACUUGCAGUAGUCAUGCAAACAAAACUGGGGAAACGAAACAAAAGAACGGCAUUAGUGAUCAAAUUUUCCGCAUAAGAAUUCUGCCAGGCUCAGAUUUGAACUCACUGAAGGAUUCAUUAUGGAUAAUAAAUAUCUCUACCCAGCAAGAAAUUGAGAAAACUAUUGCAAGAGCUUUUUCUGAUUUCUAUUGGUUGUAUCAUCAAUUACAAAAUAACCACUGGGGAAAAUCUAUUCCUCCGCCAACAAGAUCCAACAUUCUUGUAGAAAAGGACGAAUUUGCCAUAAAUCAUCUCUUUAUGAUACGUAAUAACGAGAAGUAUGAUCCAGUUUUUAAUUUCAAACCAGAGUAUAUUAUAUCACUGCAAUUGAUGGGGAUGAUUAAGCACAUAUUCAAUGACAAGGUUUUACGUUUGGAUUCAAGUUUUGUAGAUUUUAUUGGUUGGGAUGAUACUCUUCCUGAGAAUUUACAAAUGAUUGUUGAUGAUAGUAACUUUACAGGGGAUAAAAUACUAAUGUCAUCCUCUCAAUUCCGAGAACUAAAGGAGUUUCAUAAACAAUCAAAAAAGGUGGAAUCAAUGACAAAUUCUCAUGCUUCGAUGAUACCGAUAACAGAACUCACCGAAAUAUACAUAAGCCCAACCAAGUUAUUCUCUAGGAAGGAUUACCAAAGACUUUUUCAACCUCAAAGCACCGAAAACACCUUUAAUAGCAAUGACCCGUUGAUUCAAGAGUGGAUACCAAAAAACAAAACUUUGUUCACUAGUUUAUCCUUUGGUUCAAGUGCGCCUACUUAUGAAGAAACAUCAGCCGGGAUACAAGCAUGCCAUGACUGGGUAGGCGUAUGCAAGGAUCAGUGGAAACAAUUACUGUAUCACGUAUUACAGUACAUUGUGGAUGAAACAGUGAAGGUGAAUUCUGUAAUUAACGAAUUUACAGAGUGCCUUAAGCAAAUUUCCUUGGAAGAAGUUAUUAGAGCAAAUUCUGAAUUAUUCUUAAAAUUUUCUAAACUGAAUGAAUCCUUUUUACAAAGAUUCAAAGGCAAAUCAAGACAAGACAUUUUGAAAUUAAUCAUAUUAUUUGAUGAAAAUGUAAGAUUUUGCGAGUCAUUUGAAUCCAUUUUAAAUCAGAGAUUAAAGCUGGGUAAAAUUCUAAGCAUCAUUGAAAUGGAUCUCGACAAAAAAAAAAACUAUCUUGGCAAGCUAUCUCUUGGAAACAACAACAAUAAUAAUGAAGACCCUAAAACAUGUGCGGCAGGGGAUGAGUACCGAAUUGUAUCCAAAAGGUAUAACCGUGUUAAGCAAAGCUGGGACAAAAUCAUGGAAGAAAUUCUAAAUGAACGAAAAAAAUUUGAGGAGAGAGAAGCCGCCGAGAUUAGUAGAUGUUUUAAAUCAAUGAGAGAUUUAAGCGUGGAUGAAAAAAAAAAUUAUUUACAAUUGUGGCAAGACUUUGUAUCAAAUGAGUACAGAAGUCAAUGA